AUGGAACUGCAACUGAGAGACACCGACUUUUGGGCCAGCCUCCACGGGACCGUCCCGGGACUACUGGACUGGGACAUGGGCAACGAGUGCUUUCUGCCCUUCACCACCUCGCACUUGUCCACAGCUGAGCAGAACCUUGCUUUGUAUAGACUCCGAAUAGUUAAACCACCAGGACUACCACUAGAAAAAAAGCCCAAUCCUGAUAAAGAUGGUCCAGAUAUUGAACCCAACCUGUGGAUGUGGGUGAACCCCAAUAUUGUGUACCCCCCUGGAAAGCUGGAGGUCUCAAAACCUAUCAAGGAGGAGGACCUGAUGAACUUACUGCCUUCCCCUCAGCUGCCCCCCAAAGAGGAGGAUUCUGACAACUGCUCAGAGAUCACAGUGGCUGAGUCACUGCCACCCUCAUCCAGCGAGCAGUCUCCCCCUCAAAAGUGGUUUGCUUCUUCACCCAGCUGCUGUGAGCUCACAGAAGAGGAGGAGGCUGAGGACCAGGAUGACAGCUCCUCUGUGGCAUGCCUAUCCCCUCACAAAAGGGCCCCCCUCCAGAGUCGCAGGCUUCGGCACACAAGCAGCCAGGAGGGGAGGCUCUGGUCCCGGCCCCCUCUCAAUUACUUCCAUCUUAUUGCACUGGCAUUAAGAAACAGUUCCCCCUGUGGCCUCAACGUGCAACAGAUCUACGGUUUCACUCGACAACAUUUCCCUUUUUUCCGGACGGCUCCCGAAGGCUGGAAGAACACCAUUCGUCACAACCUGUGUUUUCGAGACAGCUUUGAGAAAGUGCCAGUCAGCAUGCAGGUGGGAGGCAGUAUCCGACCUCAGUCCUGCCUCUGGAAGUUGACUGAAAAGGGACACCGUCGUUUCUUAGAGGAGACCCGCACCUUGGCAUCUACUCGGCUGGAAUGUCUCCGCCAGUGCAUGAGCCAGCCAGAUAUGAUGCCUUUACUCUUUGACCUUUAA